AGUGGUUGUCAUGGCGACGCGUUGCGUGCAGAGAAAUCACAUAGUUACGCAGAAGUUUGGGUGACGGCUCUAGUUACUGCAGCACAUAACAUUCAUACUUUUAUGAAGUGAAAUGAGCAGCUGAAGAGACGAGGACACAGAAACUUUGUUUCACAAACGUCAACACUUUAAGACUCUUCAUAUCCGGACCGACAGGAGCUGAGUGUUCUUCAUGGAAAAUAUUACAGAGGAAUCAGACUUCAUGUCAGACAUACCCAAGACUGGUUUUUGUAAUUCACAGUCAGACUGUGAUGAUGGGGAAGUUACAGAUAAAAGACAGGAACCUGUCCUUGAGUCCAUGGAGCAUGAUGUGGAAAAUAGGUCAAGUUCAGCUGAUAUCACAAAACAGACAGAUGACAGCUCCUAUUACAUCACAUGGACAGUUGACAUUGCCCUGGCUGUCCCAAGAUGGGAAGAAGUUGACCUCCCUGAAGCUUCUGAGAAGGCUAACAAAACACAGAAAGAUUCAUCGACUCUUUUGGUGAAAGCCCAUAAAUCUCAGAGCUGCUAUCAUAUUGAAUACAAGUUACCGGGUGAUACAGAGGCAGUCAAAGUGGACAUUGUUGUGUUUGGGCCAGUAGUAAAAAUGUACACAGAAGAAGAGUUCAAGGAGAUUCUGAGGACGUGGCAUGAAGGAGAUCAGACAUGGAUUGGUUGGACACAGAAUUUCAACAUCAAAGUCAACAGGGAAGUGUUGGUCUGUCUACCUUCUUAUAAAAUCAAGCUCCAGAUAUGGAACAGUAUAAAUAAGUUGUCCAAGCAGGCCCGCUAUGACAGACUGAAAGCCUUAAAACUUCCAAAGGAUCAGCCUGAAGACACAAAAGAUGAGUGUGGUGGUAUCAAGGCUUUGGUAAGCAGACUAAAAACAUUAUGUGAGAGGAAGUUAAGCACAUCCAAAAAACUGUCCAAUUCAAGGGGCAGCUCCAAAACAGAAUCUCACAUCCUUCAUGCUUUUGACCUUGAGGAGAUCAAAAAGAUUGGCACAGUCUCAGCUGAAAUCAGUCCCAUUCGUUUGCUGGCAGGUGAGACCUCAGUGACUGAACUCUUCCCGAUCCGUUCAUCUGGUGUAUUUGAGAUCAUGUGCAAUAUCUCUCUGGACAGACCAUUAGUAUCUGACCAACUGAAGGCUGAACUCAAUCCACUGGUCAUCACAAUUUUGUCAGCCACCUCAAUGCCUUCAUCACCCAUCCUUUUCCACGUCCUACAGGACAAAUAUGUGCCUGUAUACUCCCAGUACAAAUUCCAUAACUUGAGCAUGCACAGGACAAACUAUCACAAGCAUGACACUAAAAUCUGCUUCAGAGAUGUGAAUGUAAUCCUGACUGGCUUGAUGAGUCCUGAAGAGCUCAAAGAGUACCUCUCUGGUCCUCCUCUGGAGAUAGAGGUUCAUGAUCGUGACAGAAAGUUGGAAGAAAAAAAAAUUCCAGCAAAGUUAGGCUUGCUGUCACUCCCUGACAUCUUGUGUGCUAUGAAACAGAAGACAACAGUCAGGAACUCUUAUGGCAUUGCAAGCUUAAACCUCUCUGAGCUGCUGCUUGGGAAGAAAAGCCUAAAGGUGUACUUACCAAUCAAAUGCUGCCCUCCUCCUCCACUGCGGGACAGGAAGCAAAGUACAUGGAACAAUGAGAUGACAGACACAGCAGCUAGCAUGGAGCCCAUGCCACAAGGUCGUUAUUUCGAUGCCAAUUCUCAGCUCAAAAUCAAAGUUGAGAUAGCUUGUCCACUCAGCGUUAAGAAUGAUGGUCCAUUUGGGCGCAUCAUCUACCUCUUUGACUACAACAACCUCUCUGUGAUGACCAGGCUUAGGUCAGAGAUCCUCAAAAUCAACGCAUCGGCUUUCCAUCUGGGCUCACCCUCAAUGGAAAAUAUUGAGAAAGCCCUUUCAAAUUACACCAUGAAUUUCAAGCAUGAUGAGAGCGAGGAGCUGGACUUUGUUACAGGAUUCCACGUGCUAGAUAAGAAGACACACAUCUUUGUUCUUGAAGGGCUGAAACAUAAAGCAGUGAAGAGACUUUGGGAGGCUGUUCCUAUGAAGCUAAGUGGGAGUGAAGGAGAGCAGGUGAUAGUCCUCUACAACUCAAGCCUGAGUUUCUUCAAGCGCAUCUAUGACUCAUUAGAUUUGGGCCUGAGAUCUACCCAUUUAUCUGAGUCACUCGAGACCAUCAUGAGACAGCCUCUGAUCUACAUUAGAGGCAAGGUCCUUCAACCAUGCUUCCAAGCUUUGUCAAGGUUAAGCCAGCUUUGUCAAGUAAGGCAACUCAAAGAUGUUGUGCAGUACAACCUCUUCCCCUCAGCUGACAUGAUUCUUAGCAUGAGCAAGGCAUAUGGAACAAAGGCUGAGCAGUGGGAGCAAAAAGUUGGCGCAGGCACUAAGGUGGACGUGACUGCUCUGCCUGUCCGGAUGAAAAGAUGUGCACCGCUCGACAUGCACAACACAGAGUACAUGAAGCAGCUGCCACUCAAACAUUGCAAGGACUAUAUAAAGGACAAUAUUAAAACAGUGCAAGAGGACAGUGAGCGGUUACAGAAGCCAGAGGCUCCUGUGUUCAAGAUUGAACAUUCUGCAGACAGGCCAGCACACAUCUACAGCAUCCAGACCUUCAACUCAAAGGAGCAAGCCAAGGAGCUGCUCCGCAAAGAGAUGACCAAGAUGGUGGGGCGGAGGUUCACCUACUGUCAGCAGUAUCACAGUGCUACAGUGGAGCCAGGAGACGUCACUCCCAAAAAUGACUCCAAUUUUGCUGCAACCUCUAAAGUUUGGUUCACGACCAGAGACGAGCCCAAAGUGCACCCUAAGCACCCAGAUGAAGCUCGAGUGGAGGAGCUGAGGAAGCCAUGGAGAGAGAACAUCCUACAUGCCAACAUACUGACACCCAGUCUUUCACGGGACAUAUGGGCCUCAAGUCGGCGCCAUGAGGACUUUGAACGCUACAGAAAACCUCCUAAUUUCUUCAACUCACCUCCUCUCACCAUUCACUUGACUGGAGAAGCUCUGCAGCAGGAGCAGCGUGAUGCAGGCAGAGCUCAGUACCCAACAGGCAACGGCCCAAUCCUAGAGUUCAAGUGUCACAAGGGAGGAAACUCAGGGAGGAUUGAGGAUAUACUGAAAGACGAGCCGAAGAAGUAUUCGCUGAGGAAACGAGGCAUGAGGCUGAAGCCUUUGCCUCAACAGUAUGUGAUGAAUUUCAGCAGCGACCAAGCAGAGGAAAAGAAGAGUGUGGCUCUGGCUCCAGGCCCCUGUAUGGACUGCAGCCUCAGCAGCAAAAACAACGCCAUCGCCAGACACGUCUCUCCCUCCAACAUUGUAUUCAGUACGGAGCGUUCAUUCCUGCACAAGCGGAGCGCCCCGCCUCUGACAGACGAGGAGAGGAGUAUCUUCACCUUUCAGCAGUGUCUCACAUAAAGACGCAUACACCAGUCCGGCCUUUCAGGAAU